AUGAGGAAGGUUGACGGCGAUAAUGGCGUGGCGACGAAGCCAUCUGCUCGCCCGCCGAUGCCUUCGUCGCGAGUGCCCACCUUCGUGUGGAUGCUGCUUAACAUUUCGUGCAUCGGCGCAUUGUUGGUAGAGGGCAACGCCAUUUUGACGCCAUACUGGCGCACCGCUGAAACAAUUGCGUACAGCUACAUGUUGAUGGGGACCCGCCGACAGCACAUUGUGGGCACUACGCACUUCGGCCUCCUCAACGUGAGUUACGACGAAGGUUCGCUAAUUCAGCCGUGGGAGCAACGGCUGGAGAGCGUGAGGGCCAAGGCCUUCACCGCUUUCCAGUUUCAUGACCAGGACGGCAAAGGGACGUACCGCAGCAUCGAGGCUAGCUUCUGCCCCGAAGCGUGCAAGUCUGCUAUCAUGAUUCGCAUCAAUGCGUAUGAAAGCAUGAUCGCCGUCAACAAAAAGCUUUUGUUGGCCCUGGUGCUGGGCUGCGUUAUGGGCGUCAUGGGCAUCGCGUGGUACGUGUUUUUCGAGGAAAGCGUCAUGAUAUCUGCGGGAUUUUGGGUAUCUGCCGCCGCCCUGAUGGCCGGCACCACGCACUACUGGUCGGGACGCAUGCGCGUUUUCUGGACUACCGUUCUCUUCUCGCAACAGGUACCGUACCCGCAUGACGGGCUGAAUGUGCGCUACACGUACAUGGUCGCCGCGACACUGGUAUGCAACGCAUUGCUGCUGUCACUGUCCGGCGCAAUCUGCGCGGGUUUGCACACCUAUCGGAUGAAGAGGUCGUUGCAAGCGCACCUGAGGAAGCAGCAGGAAGGCGUUGACCCCUUUAACGACCCCACGUCGUUCAACAUGUUCCAGCAGGGUGUGCCAUCGGCGCCUCCCGCGGGGCCGCCCCAGGCCAGCCUCAACCCCGGGCAGCUGUUCUCCGGCAUCGGUUUCAACCAAGCGCAGCAGCCAAACUACCAGUACCAGGCGAACUCCGCCACGGGUCCUUCCAUGUGGAACACGAACCUGUCUUACUAG